AGCAAUUUGUUGGACUUGAGUCAAGUCUAAUUACGGAUAGUUGACGAAAAAAUGAUUUGCGAAACAUGUAACCCAACAUUUCUGUAAAAUUUCAGUGUUAAUCGAAUUUACACCGAUGUGAUUUGAAUAAGUGGGUGUCGAGGAUAGUUCCAAGAUGGAACUGGACCAGAGUGGCGAUAGUAGUGUGCUUUCUGUGCCACAAGAAUCGAAAGAUUCUGUCGUGAUUCCACAACUGUUGUCGUUGGCUACGGAGUUGGACUCGCUUCGUCACGAGGGGGCGCUGUGCGAUGUGACCGUUAAUGUGGACGACAGGCAGUUUCGUGCCCACAAGGUUGUACUUGCAUCAAUGAGUAAUGUCUUCAGGGCAAUGUUCACAGGCGGACUGAAAGAGGCCAGCCAAUCAGAGGUGGUGUUACAAGAUGAGACUGACCUAUCAGCUGAAGGCUUUGAAAUCUUAUUGGAAUUUGCCUACACGGCCAAGCUUGACCUCACCGUUGACAACGUCUUCGAGGUCCUGGCCUCGGCCUGCCACCUCCACGUAGACCUGGCCAUUGAGGGCUGCAUUGACUUUGUCGGCCGCUGCUUCACCGAGGACCAGCUCUCCUUCGACGACUACCUGAAGAUCUCGUCCAUGGCGGGCAACUACGGGCUGGACAGGCUCAAGCGGACAGCUGACCACCACAUCGCUAGGAACUUCGGGGAGGUGGCGCUUACGUCGGAUUUCCUGGAGCACAUGACGGCCCACAACCUGGGGCAGUUCCUGAUGAGGGACGACUUGGCGGUUGCCAGUGAAGUUGAGGUCCUGAAAGCAGUGGUCAACUGGCUUCACUACGACCCCUCCACCCGCCUCCACCACUCCUCCUCCCUGCUCAAGAAGGUUCGGCUGGGCCUAGUGUCCUCCCAGCACCUGGUGGAUCAGAUCGACUCCAGCCUCCAGGCGGUGUCGCAGGUCAAGUCUCUCUUCGAUCAGCUCAUACAGCACAUCGCCUUGCAUAGUCCCGUCAGUGGACAACUUGCCAAUCGUCACCCCGAGCUGUUCGCCCCUCGUGUUUCCACGAAGUCGUUACUAGCCAUAGGUGGCCAGACAACCUUGGGUUUUGCUCGGUACUUCUGCAGUCACCGGCAGGAGUGGAUCCCACUCAAGAGGUUUGCCCAGCUGCCGUUUGAUGGCGUCUCCCACCACUCCAUUAUCGCCGUUGCUGGAAAAAUAUUUCUUGUCGGAGGCGUGUCCACUGAAUAUCACAAGUCACAGACGCAAAACUUUGUCUACGCCUACGACGUGGUUGCCAACAAAUGGACGCGGCUACCCUCAAUGCGCGUCGAGCGAAGCCACACGGCCCUGGCGCACCUCAACGGAUACAUCUACGCCAUUGGCGGGAAAAACGAAAAGGGGGAGUGGCUUGAAACCGCUGAGCGCUACGAUCUAUCGAGAGGGAAAUGGCAGACAGUGGCUGCCAUGGCGACUGAGGCUUCAGGGAUGUACCCGUCGGCAGUUGCUCACGAAGAUAGGAUCUUUGUCAGUGCGGCUGAUGUUGUCGAUGGGGCCCAGCACCUAUCGUGUUUUGAUCCAGGCACGAAUACCUGGCAGGUGUGUAGCGGCGUGGAGACUAGCUCUCCUGGAAGCCUGGUUCGACUUGAUGGGACCUGCCUGCUGGUCACCCACCGCGCUGUCGAGAGCAAACUCGGUAAAAAGGAGAAGUGGAACCGUUGCCCUGUUGUUCAUGAGGUCACAACCUAUGACCACGGACAGGGUCAGUCCUACACCAUCGACCGCGUGAACACCCACGACCAGGCACUGGUCCCGGAGAGCGACUUGCGUCCGUUUCGCAUCGGGCGGCGCAUUUAUCUUAUGGUCAAUGGAGCGUGUAUGUACAGCAGAAUUGACGUGGAAGACGGACAGGUGUACGAUGUUGGUCUGGAUGCAUGGACUAAGCUUAGUCAAAACAUAGAGGGCAGUGGUAUUACAGAGUAUACCUUCAACGCUAAGAGCUUCUUGUAGGAAGCCAAUUUAAGUCCUGCGAACUAUUAGUCCGUUGUGUAUGUUACGCACCACGGGGUCAACAAAUUACUACCCUUUCACUUUGAAAAACUUACUGCAGUUGUUGUUUCAGUUGGCAACUGUAAUCAUGCUUCGUGUAGGUUUUUGGGGGGUUUCGUUUUGGGACCAAAAUGAAGAAUACAAUUGAAGAAAUUCACAAGAAAGUUGCUGCUAAUAUUUUUUUUUUUAAUUUCUUGUUAAGAAAUAAUUCUUGCACAUAAUUAACUAUAACUGUAUAUUUGUAAGUGGAUGUUGUACAAUGCACAUGUAAGUUUGUUUCAUCUUGUCAGCAAAGUUAUUAACACAUUUUCGUCUUUUGAUGAGUAGGGAUCAGAUCUUAUUGUUAGCCAUCAACAACAUUAAAAGCAAUAUGGUGAAAAAUGCA